AUGGAUGAAAUUUGUAAUGUAUUAAACGAAUUUAUUUCACAAAGUGAUAUUUCACAAAGUGAAACACGAAGUGAUAAUUCAAGAAGAGAUAACAUAAUUGAUUUACUCAAAGAAUACAGCGCGAACACAAAAGACAAAACAGAAGUUAAUUCAAAACUUAAAAAAAUAAACUGCAAUAAACUAAUGGUAUUUGAUGCUAAUGGUUUGUACGCUUCAGCAAUGUCGGAUUUAGACAGUGAAUAUCCAAAAGCAGAAAGUGCUAGACCGUUUAUACCAGGAGAAGAAAAAGAAUUUGUAAAACUCUUCAAUAAACAAAACUUUAGACCUAGAACAGCUAUUUUAACAAUGUGGUUUAAAUAUCCUUAUAACAUGUUCUUCCAACCAAUACCAGCUAAAGAUAAAAUCACUUACACAAAUAAAGAAGAAAAAAAGGAAACUGGCACUAAAAUCAGGUUUAGAAAUGGUUUUUGUUCAGAUGUUUUAACAUCGGUCGAUAUUCAAGAAGUAGUUAAAGGCUGUGGACAGAUUAUUAGAAUAUUAGAUGGUAUAGUAUACGAAGAAAAAUUUAAAACUCCACCAUACAGAGAUUAUAUUUUAAUUUUGAAAGAUCUUAGAAAUAAAUAUAAACGAAAAGGUAAUAUUGUGGGUAGUAAUUGCAUGAAAUUAUUAGGUAAUUCCUUGUAUGGUAAAUCUAUUCAGAAGGAUAGAAACACGAGUAAUCGUAGUUUGUGGAAUGGAGUAACUUUUCAGGCUAACUUCGACUCACAUGUUAAAAACUAUGAAAAAAUAAAUGAUACUCAAUAUUUCGUUGAGAUACAAAUUGAAGAAAAAGAGAUUACUGCUGAAGAUAGUAAAUCUACACGACUAACACCUAGUCAUUUGGGAUCAUUCGUUUUAUCUCACAGUAAAAAAAUAAUGAAUAAUUUCAUUCAUGUAAUAAAUGGAUUUAAUAAACCUGAAAUAUACUAUACCGAUACCGAUAGUUUAUACAUUUCAUCUAGAAAUUAA